AUGCCCUCCUACGGCUUCGACGUGCUGGCCCGGCGCGUCAGAAACAUCCAGCAGGCGCCGCGGGCCGUGCUGGUCAGCCCGCACCUGCUCGGCACGGCGUUUGUGUUUGCCUUUGCCGGGUUCCCGGCCGUCUGGGACCAGGGCUCGGCGUCGGUGCUGCCGUCGCUGCCGGGCUACGACGCGUUUUUCCACGUGUCGACGGGCGCCGACGCCGGCCGGAUCCGGGACCUCGUGUCGCUCGUCUACAUUGGCUACGCCAUCGGCUCGGCGUCGACGUUUUUUGUCAACGACCGCAUCGGCCGCCUGUGGGCGUACCGGCUGUACGCGCUGGUGUACAUGGCGGGCCUCGUCGUGUCCAUUGCGGCGCCGGGGCUCGCCGGGCUCAACGCGUCGCGCAUUGUCACGGGCAUCGGCAUCGGCGCGCUGACGGUCACGGGCCCGAUGGCGAUUGCAGAAAUCAGCCCCGACGAGAUCCGCGGCAUGCUGACGUCGUGGUUCGGCGUGUGCAUGUCGCUGUCGCUCAUCGCGUCCGUGUUCUGCGUCUACGGCGUCUACGUGCAUAUGGCGGCGACGCGGCUGCAGUACCAGGUCGUCUGGAUCGUCCCCGUCGCGGCCAUGGCCGUCGUCGUGGCCGCCAGCUUCGCGUGCUGCGAGUCGCCCAAGUGGCUCAUGAUGGUCGACCGCUACGACGACGCGCUGGCCGCGCUCGUGCGCCUGCGCGGCCUGCCGGCCGACCACCCGCGCGUCCGCUCCGAGAUCACCGCCAUCCAGGACGCCGUGCGCGCCGCCCACGUGGACGCGACGAGCGAGCGGGCGCGCAUCCGCUCGAUUGUCAAGGACACGUUUGGCGUCGGCGCCAACCUGCGGCGCGUCCAGCAGUGCCUCGUGUCCUACCUGCUGGCCCAGCUGUCCGGCGCCAGCCAGAUCACGUCGUACCUCGUGCCCAUCAUGACGCUCCUGGGCGUCGCCGGCUCGACCGAGGACAAGCUGUUCCUCAGCGGCCUCUACGGCGUGGCCAAGCUGGCGUCCGUGCUGCUGGCGUCCUUUUGCCUCGUCGACACGCUCGGCCGCCGCCACUCGUUGUUCCUCGGCAUCGCCUUGCAGAUCGUCUCCGACGUCUACAUUGGCGUCUACCUCAAGUACAGCCAGGCCGGCCCCGUGCCGCACGCCGCGUCGCAGGCCGCCCUGGGGUUUCUGUACAUCCACGCCUUCGGCUACUGCAUCGGCCUGUUCCUGCUGCCCUACGUCUUUGGCGCCGAGCUGUGGCCCGACCACCUGCGCACGUUUGGCGGCGCCCUCGGCCAGACGUUCCACUGGCUUUUUAUUUAUGCCAUGAACUAUGGCCUGCCGUCCCUGCUCGCCGAGACGCACAACUGGGGCGCGUUCCUCUUCUUCGCGGCCUUUUGCGCCGUCGCGCUCGUCUACGUCUUCUUCAUGGUGCCCGAGACGUCCGAGCUGUCGACCGACGAGAUUGACCGCCUGUUCCAGGGCCCGUGGUUCCAGGCGUACAAGACGAGCCGGCUGAUUCUCGACGGCGUCGACGGCGUCGACGGGGCCCGUGGCACGGAGGGGGAGGAGGACGAGGAGAAGCGGGAGGCGGGACGUUGA